AUGAGGACUUUGGUGUUCGCCGUCGUUGUUCUUGCCCCGUUGGCCACCGCAUGGGGUGGGAACGUGGUAGGUGGUCUGGGUGGCCUGGGCGGCCUGGGCGGCCUGGGCGGCCUGGGCAGUGGUGGAGUGCUCCUCGGUGCAGCCCCUGCAGUUGGAGUGGGGGGUGUCGGCGUUGGCAGCUCUGUUGCUCUGCUGCAAGGUGGACCGGCCUUCACUAAGGCGGUGGCAGGACCGUCUUUCCUGGUCAGGACGGUGCACCACGUGAGCAAGGUCCAUGGAGGAGGCGCCAUUGUAGCCCACAGCGGCCUCGGAGGUGGCGCUGGUCUUGGUGGAGCCGCUCUCGGAGGUCUUGGCUACGGUGGACACGGAGGCCUCGGCUACGGAACUUACGUCCUCAAGGGCUGA